AUACCGCUGCGUCUGCUCCACUACCAGCUUGUGCCCGGUCGGGAGAUCUUCGUCACGGAGCGUAUGGGCCUGGAUCUCGUCUGGCCAACGGGCAGAUUUUCCUCAAGCCCUUCUUACGCUUUCUACCCUAGCCUCGUUUUGGACCCGAUAUUGCUCGCGGUGGCGAGGGGCAGCACGGCUGGCGGCAGUGGAUGCACGGAUACAAGUGCUGGGGAGGAGUUCGGAGGUGUUUGCGUGGCAAUCGAUAUUGGAUAA